UGCCCCCAUUAAUUGAACCUUUAAAUUCCAUGUUCAGUGCUUUCUAGAUUGUAAUAUAAUCAAUGUCAACUUCGUGUGCCACUGUUGGAACUGAAUGGUUGAACCCAGUUAGUACCAGAUUAGCUCUGCCUGGAAAAAUUAAUCAUUUCAGGGGCAAAUGCGAAUUGAAUAGAAGGAAUUUUGCUUUUAAUGGAAUAGUUGCUGCUGGAGCUUCAGUCAUGACCCCUUCUGUAGUUGCUGAACCCUCUAAAGGUUUGGAGAAAUUACCAUUUAAGCAAGAGGGGUACAACUAUUGGACGUGGCGCGGACACAAAAUUCAUUAUGUAGUAGAAGGAGAAGGAUUUCCAGUUGUUCUAAUUCAUGGAUUUGGUGCUUCAGCCUUUCACUGGAGGUAUAACAUACCAGAACUGGCUAAAAAGUACAAGGUUUAUGCUCUGGAUUUGAUAGGAUUUGGCUGGAGCGAGAAGGCACUAAUAGAUUAUGAUGCCUUGGUUUGGAGAGAUCAAGUUGUCGACUUCAUGAAGGAGAUUGUGAAAGAACCAGCAGUUUUAGUGGGGAACAGUCUUGGAGGAUUUACCGCUUUGGUAGCAGCAGCGUCACUCACUGAUCAAGUCAAGGGAGUUUCACUGUUGAAUAGCGCAGGACAAUUUGGGGAUGCCAGCAGUGCAGCUGAAGAAACUGAAGAAACAGCCUUACAGAAAUUUAUUUUAAAGCCACUAAAGGAAAUCUUUCAACGUGUAUUCCUUGGAUUCUUAUUCUGGCAAGCCAAGCAACCAGCUCGUAUUGAAUCUGUUCUGAAGAGCGUCUACGUAAAUUCUUCAAACGUGGAUGAUUAUCUCAUUGAUUCAAUUACUACACCUGCAGCUGACCCAAAUGCAGGGGAGGUUUAUUACCGAUUGAUGACACGAUUCAUGUCAAACCAGAGAAAGUAUACACUUGACAGUGUGCUGAGACAACUUUCUUGCCCAUUGCUGUUGGUGUGGGGUGACCUAGACCCUUGGGUUGGUCCUGCCAAGGCCAAUCGGAUUAAGGAGUUCUAUCCAAACACAACGGUCGUUAACCUGAAGGCAGGACAUUGUCCCCACGACGAAGUUCCAGAACUAGUGAAUGAAGCUUUAUUAGAUUGGUUGUCAACCACGGUAACACCAGCGUCUUCUCUUGAAACAGUAUCAGAAAUUUAGCUUCAUUGCUACCGUUAAAUACACAAUGAGCUAUGUUGUAAAAUAUACUGUAUAGUCCUCCAACAUACAAUCUGAUUCAUAUUAUAGGAGAUUUUGGUGACAUAUGAGAUCGGUUGAUUCAACCUGAUAAUGAAGUCAGCUUGAUCCAAAGGGAUCCACAUCUUCUCUUUAUUGUAUUUGUUUAGUUGAAUUGAAAGAAGAAAGUUUGGCAUUGCA